AUGGACAGCUUAUCGAUGGACAACUUUGUCGACUGCGCUCAUCACGCUGCGGCGUCUGAUGAUGAGAACUUCCCGGACAAGAAGAGACUUGUCAUAUGCUGCGAUGGAACAUGGAACAACUCGAAUAUCGGCGGCGAUUCAGUACCGACCAACGUCAGUCGUCUAUCGGCUGCAGUAGCUCACAAAUGCUGCACCGGUAUGCCACAGGUCGUCUACUAUCACCGCGGGGCAGGAACAGAGGAGUCAAAGACCGCCAGUGUGCUGGGCGGUCUGCUCGGUCUAGGAGUCAAACAGGACAUCGUCGAUUGCUACCGCUUCAUCUGCGACAACUACAACUCGGGAGACGAGAUCAUCAUCGUAGGCUUCUCGCGUGGCGCCUUCACAGCCCGCUCCGUCUCGUCCAUGGUGUGCUCGCUUGGCUUCCUCAACCGCGCCGGGCUUAGCCAUGUCGGCGACAUCUACCAAGAUUAUCAAUCCUUCAACGAAUGGACCAGCGAUUUGCUGUAUGACCCGAGCAAACACUUACGAGCGUUCAAGGUGGAACAGUUGGAAAGAAAGAUCAAGAAAGAGUUCAUGGACAAGAUGGAGAGAGUCGAGAGGAGGCUUGAACAUAAGAACAUCGAGUCCGACGAGCGCAAGAAACAAAUCGGCGCCCAGUUUGCUAAGCUCUAUGCCGCCUAUGAGCGCAAACUCAACCCCGCGGCGCUGGAGAAGCAGCUCGAGAACGACAAGAAGGAUUUGUUCAGGAGAAUGACGCAGAUGAAGAAGCAGAAUGGACAGAUGAAGUUUCGGAAGAUGGCAAAGGCUUAUCGGGGGCAGCUUUCAGAAUAUCAAAUGUGUCUUACCAGGAGAAGCAGCAUGCAGGCUCAGACGACCUUUGAGGCUGUCGAGGGCAGGGUAAAGGCAGUUGGUGUUUGGGAUACUGUGGGAAGCCUUGGUAUUCCCAAGUUGCCGUGGGGCUUCUGGCAAGGAAGUCGCAGCGCAUCUGAGCUUCGUUUCGCAAGUCUCGAUAUCCACCCCAACGUCGACCACGCAUUCCACGCCCUUGCGUUAGACGAAUGGCGCACUUCGUUUGCGCCAACUCUCUGGAACCUUGGCCCAAGGAACAACAACACCCAGCUACGGCAGGUCUGGUUCCCGGGAUGCCACAGCAACGUCGGAGGAGGAUCCGAUGCUCAGCAAAUAUCCAAAAUUGCACUUGCAUGGAUGGCGGACCAGCUGACGUCCAUCGGCGUGGAGUUCAGCAAACAAGAAAUGAAGCGCAUCUUCCGCAGCGUUCCGUCGCGCAUCGACGCCCGGCCGUGGGGCCUGGGCAAGAUCACAAGUCCGGAUAGCCUCGCCACAACGUUGCCGGACGCUGCCUGGAACAUGAUCACGUUGCCAUACCGGACUGCCACCCAGCAGUGGACCGAGGGCUCUACGCGGAAGCCCGGGCUAUACAUGGACGACAUCGGCAAACGGCAACUCAAGAACACCAAGGAGCUUGUCCAUCCCUCGGUCAGGGUCAGAUAUCUGUACCACGGCCUUGGCCUUGACGACGCUGGUGAAUGGCAAUGCAAAGCCCUGUCGGGAAGAGGAUGGCAGCUCAUGUUUGAGAAGAGCCCUCCCAAGGAGGACGACAUCCGGCCAGGGCGUGACCCCAACGUCGUCGAUCAGUACAAGACCACGACCGGCUCGGUGACGGCGGUCUACGAGCAAUACCCGAGGGAGUACUCAGCCGAAGAGAAGCUCGUCAAGGCGGAGCAGCCACUCGAAUGCGAUCUCAAACAGCUGGACGCCCCAAAGAACACCUGGACCUGGAGACUGCGGCACGGCGACCGCCAGAUCGUGCUGCCGGAAGAGCAUAUUGGCAUGUGGGAGCGGAUGUACAUCGAAAUCAACGACGAUAUGGUCCGUUGGCAGAAGAUGACGACGGAUGAGAUGAGGAAGCGAUGGACUCGAGGCGACCAGAUCCGAGACAUGGCGACGGAGAGCGUGGCUGUUGCCUUUGCCACAAUGGAUCGUAUCAUGAAGACAGCGAUGGGUACGGUUUUCGGCGGACCUCCGGAGAAGUAUUUGCCCAGAGGAUACCCAAGCGAGCAUGGGUACCACGACUUUGUCUCGUGGCAAUGGGGCCUGGAACCCGAUGAUUCCUAUGACUCAAGGCGAAUCUCUGUUGGGUCUGAUGGGUAUUACAGUCAUGAUUAUUAG